CUCCGGAGCCUGGGAUCUGGCGCUUGGCCGCGCCCGCGGGACCCCCUCUUCCCGCCUGCCAGCACCUUCGGUUUCACUUGAGCUUGGCGAGAAGAGUGGCGGGACCCUUGGGAAGCCCCCAGCCUGGAGCUGCGAGGGCCCCUGCUUGAGGAGAGGGGGCAAGAGGCUCGGUCGUUCCUGGCUGUCCCCUCCGGGGAGGGGCCUGACUCCAUCAGGGUUUCCACUCCCCCACAGCCUCAGCCUCCUGGAGUGGCUGCCAGACUCUUCGUCUUUAGUAACCCUUGCCAAGUUGGAGGGUCGGAAAUACUAUAUUCGGAUCCUCUCAGUGCGCUGGUAGGAAGGGGACGCACUGUAAACAACAGACGCCACCAAGCUUUUGGCUGAGAAUCUAUCCUCGCUUCCCUGGGUUUAGUUUUAUUGGCUAAGGGCUCCGCUCUAGCUUUCCACCUACAGGUUCAGCCAAAUCCCACCCCAGUAGGGGAUCGUGAGGACCGGUGUUGACGCCUGUGCGUCUGCUGUCGGGAGGCACUGGAUGAUGAUAAGGCCUCUGAAGGGGUUUAUAGCCUAAAGUCAAGCUCUACUCCAGGAAGUGAAAAUGUGCUGCCUCGAGAGCCGCUGAUUGCUACAGCAGUGAAGUUUCUACAGAAUUCCCGGGUCCGCCAGAGCCCUCUUGCAACCAGGAGAGCAUUCCUUAAGAAGAAAGGGCUAACAGAUGAAGAGAUUGACUUGGCUUUCCAGCAGUCGGGCACUGCAGCCGAUGAGCCUUUGUCCCUGGGCCCAGCCACACAGGUGGUGCCCGUCCAGCCCCCUCACCUCAUUUCUCAGCCAUACAGCCCUGCAGGUUCCCGAUGGCGAGAUUAUGGUGCCUUGGCCAUCAUCAUGGCAGGGAUCACGUUUGGCUUUCACCAGCUCUACAAGAAAUACCUGCUCCCUCUCAUCCUGGGCGGCCGCGAGGACAGGAAGCAGCUGGAGAGGAUGGAGGCCAGUCUCUCCGAGCUGAGUGGCAGCGUGGCCCAGACAGUGACUCAGUUACAGACCACCCUCGCCUCUGUCCAGGAGCUGCUGAUUCAGCAGCAGCAGAAGGUCCAGGAGCUCGCCCACGAGCUGGCUGCUGCCAAGGCCACUACAUCUACCAACUGGAUCCUGGAGUCCCAGAACAUCAAUGAACUCAAGUCAGAAAUUAACUCCUUGAAAGGGCUUCUUCUAAAUCGGAGGCAGUUCCCUCCAUCUCCCUCGGCCCCGAAGAUCCCCUCCUGGCAGAUCCCGGUCAAGUCGCCGUCGCCCUCCAGCCCUGCGGCAGUGAACCACCACAGCAGCAGCGACAUCUCACCAGUCAGCAAUGAGUCCACAUCGUCCUCGCCCGGGAAGGACGGCCACAGCCCCGAGGGCUCCACGGUCACGUACCACCUGCUGGGCCCCCAGGAGGAGGGCGAGGGGGUGGUGGACGUCAAGGGCCAGGUGAGGCUGGAGGUGCAGGGCGAGGAGGAGAAGAGGGAGGACAAGGAGGACGAGGAGGAUGAGGACGACGAUGUGAGCCAUGUGGAUGAGGAGGACUGCCUGGGGGUGCAGAGGGAGGACCGCCGGGGUGGGGACGGGCAGAUCAACGAGCAGGUGGAGAAGCUGCGGCGACCCGAGGGUGCCAGCAACGAGAAUGAGCGGGACUAGGGCCCCCACCUGCCUCUCCCCCGUGACGGCGGCAUGCCACGGCCCGGGAGGGUGGCCUGGAGCCCAGGUAGGGGCCAGAGCUGUUCUCAGCUGCACUGCGGCCGGCGGUGGCGUAGGGGCUCGCGGCUCUGUCCAGCACCCAUCUCGCCUGCCUGCCAGCCCCAGCCUGCCACUUCCUAGCUCAGCCCCUGCCAGCCCCUCUCCCAGACAGGCAUCCUGUCCAGGGUGUGUUCGCUGCGUGUCUUGACUACCGUGACACCGCGCAUGACCAGAGCUAGUGUCCUCACCUGCCUCCCAGCUCCUCGGCGGAUGAGGAGCUGUAGUCCCUCUGAUGUCUGCCAUCGCUCUGCCCGGCCCUGUCCCCAAAGCUGUGGGCGCCUGUUCCCAGCCCCAGCCAUGUCCCGUUGUCCUCCCAGACAAAUGAAACCACCCUGCACUUGUGCCCGCCCCUGUGGCCACGUAACGGCCCAGCUAGUCCUGUGACGAGCCGGGCACCGGGGCCUCCUGACCAACGGCUGCCUCUGUCCUUCCCCCCAGGAGGCUCACGUUCAUCUGUGUGAUCAUGUAUAGAUUUGGGAAUAUAAGAUAGGACUGUAUAUAAUUGUAAUAAAUACAAGUUGCCACUAUUUAA